AAUCUGUUUGCAGGCUUUCUUGUGCAUCAUCUUUAGAAGAGGCUUCCUUCUGGGACUACAGCCAUGCAGACCAAUUUGAUGCAGUGUGCGGCGUAUGGUCUGAGCACUGACAGGCUGACCCCCCCACCCCUUCAACCUCUGCAGCAAUGCUGGCAACACUCAUACGUCUAUUUCCCAAAGACAACCUCUGGAUAUGAUGCUGCGCACGUGCAUUUAACUUCUUUGGUCGACCAAGAAUCUCCUGCUUGUGAAGACAUGUUCUAGCCGCAAGAGUCUGUUCUAGCCGCAAGAGUCUGACCUUGAGAAGUCCUGAUAUAUGUGAAAAGUUUAUCUUCUCUCCAGACAUGGAUUAGUGAGCUAUUUAUUGUACACCUGAUACACGAGGAGCGAAGAGGUGUUGCUCUGCCGCUAUGCUCACUGAGGCCCCCCCUCUCUUAAACCUCAUGCCAACCUCACCAUGAUAGAGGACUCAGCGACAGUGAACCUUACAUAUAUAAUCCUAGAGGUGGCCAUUGCAGUGCUGGCCAUUCUUGGUAACCUUCUGGUGUGCUGGGCUGUGCGCAUCAAUAGCAACUUGCAAAACGUCACCAACUAUUUUGUGGUUUCCCUUGCAGUGGCGGACAUUGCUGUAGGAGUUUUGGCCAUUCCUUUUGCAAUUACUAUUAGCAUUGGAUUUUGUGCAGCCUUCCAUGCCUGCCUCUUUAUUGCAUGCUUUGUCUUGGUGUUGACCCAGAGCUCAAUCUUCAGUCUCCUAGCUAUUGCUGCUGACCGUUAUAUUGCCAUCCGCAUCCCACUCAGGUAUAAUAGUCUGGUGACUAGCCAGAGAGCCAGUGCAAUCAUUGCUGUUUGCUGGGUGCUGUCCUUUGUCAUCGGUCUUACCCCUAUGCUGGGCUGGCAUGGAAAAAUUACAGCUUCUGAAAAUUCAUCUUGUGGCUCUCCUAAGGUUCAGUGUCUCUUCGAGAUUGUGGUAACCAUGGAUUAUAUGGUGUAUUUUAAUUUCUUUGCCUGUGUUCUGGUGCCUUUGCUGCUUAUGUUUGGCAUCUACCUACGUAUCUUCAUGGCAGCACGACGCCUGCUGAAACAGUUGGAGCACAAUGUGGUGUAUGGGGAUCGCUCUCGUUCCAUACUGCAAAAGGAGGUCCAAUGUGCUAAGUCUCUGGCUAUUAUUGUGGGUCUGUUUGCUGUAUGCUGGCUGCCCUUACACAUCAUCAACUGCUUCACCCUCUUCUCCCAGGGCACAGUACGUCCCCCACCUUGGCUCAUGUACCUUGCUAUUCUUCUUUCUCACACCAACUCAGUGGUGAACCCACUUAUUUAUGCCUAUCGCAUACGUGAGUUCCGUCAAACCUUUCACAAAAUCCUACACCAACAUUUGCUAGGCCAGGGGCAGAAAUACAAGAGUCGGACACCUAGUGCCAAGUCAUUGACUUAUGCACCUGAUGAGGAGAGGGGAACCAUCCAUACUUUUCCUCAAAGCUGUAUCCUGGAAACCUAUGCCAAUGGAAACACCAAAAUGAAAACGGAAGGCUUGAAACAAAAUGGAUGCCAAUCACUGCAUCAGGAGGAAAGGACAGUGGGUCAAAAAUGUGAAAACCAAGACAAGGAAAAGCUUGAUAGCUCAUGACCAAAGACUAUUCUGCAAUCUUAGAAAGCUAACACUUGAGUUUAGCCCUGCAAAUGGCUAAUGUCCACUGUGGAGUUAUUGAUUAUAAUGAACUAAGUAUUAAUGAAGACUGUGUUUUUGUAGGACUAUUUAUGAAUGUGUUUGUGGGGCGCUUGUGCAGUUGAGAGACUUGUCACUGUGUCAUUUUAAUGUUUGCUUGACUACUUUACUCUUGACACAGGCUUGGGCUGUGCCCUCUCUAUUUUAUCACAGUCUCACCUCAUUGUAAGAUAUUUUUGUAAGUGUUAUUAAAUGGGUGCUCAGAGAAGCCGUUUAUUUA